ACCCCGCGCCGGUCGUGACUUCAGUCAGAACUUUUUAAUGCACCUGCGACGGAGUUUCACGCAGAAAAAAACCAAAACAACGCGUUUUCUGUCCUGAUUCACUGGUGGAAUGAGCCAAACGAAGCCUGUGGCUUAGGUAUGACCAACUUCUUUCUGGUUGUUCCCUUUUUGAUCUUGCCCUACGUACCCACGGGGGCGUCUGCCUUCCACCUGGGAGGCAGCAGGACACGGCGGGAUGACAACUGCCGCUACGACCUGGAGUACCGGCACGGAAACCUCUGCUGUGUCAACUGUCCAGCGGGUACCCACUUGAAAUCCCACUGCACCAGAUCCGGAGAGAAGGGAAAGUGUCAGGAAUGCGACUACGGGACGUACACCGAGCACGGCAAUGAACUGAAUCAGUGUUUCAAGUGCACACAGUGUCGCCCAGAUCAGGAAAUUGUCAGGCCGUGUACACCCACUCAAGAUACUCAGUGUCAGUGCAGACGGGGCAGGUUUUGUGUCCCCGACCAGGCUUGUGAAGUGUGCAAGAAAUGUUUAAGGUGUGAACAAGGUCAGGAGGUGGUGAGGAACUGCACCUCGACCUCCGACAGUGAGUGCAAGAAGAUCCAGCUGAGCCCCGGCUCUUCCUCCGCAAAUGCAGCAGUGAUUGUGCCACUCGUGCUGAUUCUUCUUCUUGCUGCGGUCAUCAUCGUGGGAGGAUUCUUCUGGUGGAAGAAGAGACGAAGAACAACAGACCCUGAGGGAGACCUGCAUGAGGGGACGAAAGCUGGACAGCAUCUCACUAACAACUCUCCCACCGAGGAGAGGGCGAUCGGGGACACCCGGAGGCCCAGCUCCUCACACUGGCCACUGGUGAGAGCCAGGCCCCCGGCCGGGACGGAGGACGAGCGCAGGGUUCUCUGUGAAAGCCUCAGCAGCUCGGCCAGCAACUCGCAGCACAGUCUAACCGGCCCGCCCCCCGCCUCGCUCACAAACCGCCCCAAUGCCUGCCCCGCGGCCCCCUGGCAGCCCGACAGGAGGACAGAGGAGCCGUUUCCCAAACUGGUCCCCUUGAAAGGUGAAGAGUCUUUGAGGAAAUGCUUCGAGUACUUUGAGGAAAUCGAGUUCAACUACCAGAAGAGAUUCUUCCGUCACCUCGGCAUCAACGACAACGUGAUCAAGAGCAAAGAUCCCCUCCCCUACGAGGACAGGAUCCACGAGCUGCUGAACAUCUGGGUGGAGCGAGAGGGCCGGGACGCCGCCCUGGACGACCUGCUGAAAGCGCUUCUGGAUUUGAACCAAAGGCGAACGGCCGAGACCGUCAAGGAGAAGGCGAUUCACAACGGCCAUUACCGGGUCUGUGAGAGUUUGUGAGCGGUGGACUUGUUUUUUAGUUUGACCUCAUGGAAAGAUGAUGUGUUAAAGAGUUGUACAUAUGUGGGGAGGUACUUAAUUCAGUACCGUCCAGUGCUGGUUGGAGUACUAUUGUACAGCACCACCAUAGUGGUGCAUAGAUCCUUGGGUUGAUUUUUGCCUUUCGAUCUAUCCCGCCCUAAAAAAAAAAAAACUGUUCAUGAGUGAAGUUUAUUUCAUUUCAUGUGUCAGGUGCUUCAUCGGAGCCAGGUCUGGUCACAUGAGCGACGAUUAAUAAGCGGGCCUGACGAAUAAUGACCCCCUUCCUUCAUGGUGUGAGGUCAUCGUCGCUUGUGCCUUAUCCAGUAGAGAAGCAGCACUAUACUUCUUCUUUUUGGUUUUCUGGUUGAAGAGGGAAACUACUCUCCAAAACACCAUAACAGACAGAAGUGCAUAUUUUACUGACUCUGCUGUUUCAGUAAGUGCACGUUACUGUACUGCACAGUCCUGAUGGGGAACUGCAGGGUCUCUGCACUGACCUUACAUAAACUCCACAGUUACAGUUGGUUUUUAUGGUCCGACUGAAAAAGACUUAUUUCCUUCAGCUAAGUUUGAAGGUAAAGUGUCUAAUCAAAUACAUGUAUAAUGUAAAAGGUGUGUUAAGUGCCGGCUGUCUGGUCUUAACUUGACCACAAAUGUCAGGAGUGUGAAGUUCAAUAGAUCAUCUUAUAUUUAUGCUUUAAGAUAUUUAAAUUAUUUGAAUGUGUUCUCAGGAAUGAGCGACAGAUCACAUGAAGCGUUAAGUUAAAUGUCAGCAGAUCAAUGCUAUAAAUUAAGUGUAUUUAUAUUAUGGACAAAACACGUGAAAUGUAAGAUUUUGUAUUUAUUUUUACAAUUUCGUACGUGUUGAUUGACUGUGCAUGGUUCUGACCGGCUGGACUGGGUCUGCGUUGUGCGUCUGGCCUCUCGUUACAGCAGAGGUCUCCACUCAGUGCCAUGAUGUGCUUUUACCUUUGCAGUACGUGCCUUGACCGAAAGUACUAGAAUGUUUAUUGCUCUAAAUGAAUUGUGUGCCGCUUUGAUAUGUUUCCGUUUGACACUGAUCUGUGGGGCUGUCAGAAGGAAGUGAGUCUGCUUUUAUAGAGUUAAUCACGAUGUUACACAAACAUUCUUUUUUUUUUUUUUUUUUUUGUACGUUCUUUAUUGCUCCUCCCACAUUGCAUGUGUCGGCCUGUUGUUUCACUCUGUUUUUCUUUUCACCAUUUUUCUUUGACUGUUUUGUUUUUACGGGAUAGUGACAACUGGAUAAGCACUGAAAUAUCAAAUAAAAAUUUGACAUUCUGAGAAAAGUUUGAUACAAAAGACCUUGGUCGCUAAAUUGUAUUUUGCAUUGUAUCUAUAAAAACCUCAAUAUGAUUGUGCUACUCGCAUGAUUGAGCGCCUCACACAUACAUGUGAACAUAUGACGGGAAUUUAUUGUGCACUGAUUAAGUCCGUUGACCGUUCUGUCGGUCUCAUUGUGUCAUCGUGCUACAGAGAUAACUGGACCACACCCUCGUUAUUAUUCCCUUCAGACGGCAAUAAAAUGGAUGAACAAGU